AUCAGAAGGAGGAGAAGCAUUAGCAAAUGUACUUUGCAAAAACCCAAUACUGACUACUUUGAAUCUUGAUCAUAAUAACCUUAAAUCAGAAGAGAACACCACCUUAACUUCUUUACAUCUUUAUAAUAAUAAUCUUGGAUCAGAAAGCGGAAAAGCAUUAGCAAAUGCACUUUGCAAGAACACCAUGCUGACUACUUUGGACCUUGGUCAUAAUAAUCUUGGAUCAGAAGGAGUAAAGGCAUUAGUAAAUACACUUUGCAAGAACACCACCUUAAUGUCUUUAUAUCUUUAUAAUAAUAAUCUUGGGUCAGAAGAAGGAAAAGUAUUAGAAAAUACACUUUGCAAGAACACCACCUUAAUUUAUUUACAUUUUUAUAAUAAUAAUCUUGAAUCAAAAAGCGGAAAAGCAUUAGCAAAUGCAUUUUGCAAGAACACUACGCUGACUACUUUGGACCUUGGAUAUAAUAAUCUUGGAUUAGAAGGAGGAAAGGCAUUAAAUAUCACGUUAAAAAAUUUAAAUCUUAAUUUGAAUAAUCUUGGAUUUGAAGGAGGAAAAGUAUUAGCAAAUGCACUUUGCAAGAAUAUCACCUUAACUUCUUUACAUCUUUAUGAUAAUAAUCUUGGAUCAGAAGGAGGAAAAGCAUUAGCGAAUGCACUUUUAAAGAACACUGCACUAGAAAAUUUGAAUCUUUAUUCAAAUCAACUUGGGUCAGAAAGUGAAAAAGCAUUAGCGGAUACACUUUGCAAGAACAUUAUGCUAAAAGAUUUAAAUCUUUGGUCAAAUAACCUUGAAUUAGAUAUAGGUAAAGCACUAAAAGCUGCAUUUU